AUGUUUUUGCUGCGCAGGUUACUCGCCCUUUUAUGCGUAAUAAUCGUAAGUGUGAGGCACCAGCACGCGAGGGUUUGCUCGAACAAGUUUGCGGCGAACGUGCUGAACAGCGGCGCGCGUGUAGCGGAGCCACCCCGGAGAACGACGGCCCUGAAGAGGGACACGACAAGGAAAAAUGGCCCCUUCAACAGGGACAAGAAGCAAAACGCGACAUCACAACAUGGGUACUACUUUACUAAGGAGAAAAACAAAAUAAUUACUGAAAGUGUGAAGGCUCUGUUCAACUUAGACUACAUAGAAAAUAGCUAUCUCUAUUCCUACAUCAAAUCGUUUAAAAGGACCCCCCCCUUAACCAAAAUUUACCUCCUGUGUACCUUGUUCUUGAGCAUAUGCAUGCAUGCAAAUAAAAAUAUAUACAAAUUAAUCGUGUUCGAUUUUGGCAAAAUAUUCUACGAGGGUCAAGCGUGGAGACUAAUUACUCCCUACUUUUAUAUAGGCAAUUUGUACUUGCAAUAUUUUCUCAUGUUUAACUAUCUACACAUCUAUAUGUCCUCGGUCGAAAUUGCACACUACAAAAACCCGGAGGACUUGCUAACAUUCCUGACCUUUGGUUAUCUGUCUAACCUUCUUUUUACAAUAAUUGGAAGUAUGUACAAUGAAAACGUAUUGAACCUUCAAUGGUAUGUGAAUAAACUUUGGAGAGUUAUUUUAUUAGGAGGGGGAAAGAGUACUUCCACCAAGGCGGACACAGACGUACGUAUAGCAAAAGAGCAGUAUAACCACCUCGGUUAUGUUUUCUCCACGUACAUACUCUACUACUGGAGUCGGAUCAACGAAGGCACUCUGAUUAACUGCUUCGAGCUCUUCCUCAUCAAGGCUGAGUAUGUCCCUUUUUUUUUUAUCAUACAGAAUGUUUUACUAUACAAUGAAUUUUCUCUCUUCGAAGUUGCAUCUAUUUUGUCUAGUUAUUUUUUCUUCACCUAUGAGAAGAAUUUGCAGUUGAAUUUUGUGCGCCGUUUUAACCUCGCCCUUCUCAAGGCGCUGCGUGUCUACCCUAUGUACGAGGCCUACAGGGAAGAGUACGAGUAGAUGCGGCUGCGGCUCGCGCUGCCCCUGCACACGGGCGCCCUGAGGAGGGGCAAGCAGAGGGCCCUGCCCUACGUGCAGACGAGGACGCACACGAACAUCCCAAAAGUCAGCACCCUGAAGAACAUGGAUAUGCCCAGCAUCCGAAAAAGUGUCCAGUUGAGCAAAAAAAAAAAUCUCAAGUCGAAAAUUGUAUGGAGGAACUACCUCUACGUAGUUAUCCUCAAACUGUACAACAACCAAGUCAGCAAUUAUGUCGAUCUUAUGAUUAUAUUAAAAUUGUUAAGCAAGCAACUCUCUUUGGAGAAAAAAGUAUUGAAUUUUAUCUGUGAGAAGCUGGAGAAUCACAUGUACAAACUGACAAUAAGGGAAUUAAGUCUACUUAUGUUGGUUCUCAGAAAACACAACUUCGAUAAUUUGUACUUCCUCAACUUGCUAGCGAAGUCUAUACUAAUAAAAAUGAAUAAAAAUUUGUCGUACAAAGAUCUGGCAUUGAUCACCUUCAGUCUAUCGAGAAGCAUUGCCUUAACGGAGAAGGUCUACACCAACGAAAUUUUCCACCUAAGCGUUGUAAAAAUACACAACGAUUUGAAGAAUCUAAAUUUCCACUCCCUCACUUUGUUCUUCUACUCCUACAGUCUUUAUUUUCUGCACCACUUUGAGCAUUUCAACUCCUUUUUUUACAUGACCAAAAGUUUUAUCCAAGUGAUAAAAAAAAAUUUGUAUCUCUUCAACCCCACCGAUUUGAUGUUCACCUAUUUAUCUGCUGUGCAUAUUUGCGGCGCUUUUAAUAACAGUGUGAGCAGUGUCAAAUGUGAGAGCGCGAGGCAUUCUUUAGGUGGGGAAGUCUCACGCACUAAUGCAGCCUUGCUCAGGGGAGGAGGGCCUAAGAAUAAUCAUGCGUUGACUAAGUACACGGAGACACACGAUCAGAUAACGUUUGUACCAUCGAAGACAACUCCCGGGGAAGAACUCACCACGAGGAGUGUUCCCGCACAGGUGCCUCAUCAGGUGAGUUACACCAAUGCAAAAGCGGAGCAGCAGGAUGGGUCAGCCCGCGAAGAGGCACUCUCCAAUUUUCUAACCCAAGUGAGACACGCAAUUGUAGAGAAGCUAAAAUGCUUCAAAGUGGAAGAAGUGACAAAUGUGUUGUUUGCCUCCAUAGAUAGAGACUUUAGCAUUAACAGGAGGUACUUCCCCUUUCUGCAAAAGGAAAGGAUACAUAUUGAGGAUUAUCUACAUGUGUACGUAAAGAAGGGACAGAGGUGGGAGGAGGAAGAGGAACACCCUAGAAGGGGAGGAGAACUCACGGACUGUCGCGUCAAUUCCCCUGCGGAAGACUCCUCACAUGUGCUCCCCCAUCCGUCGAACUACAUCAUCAGAGUUAGCGAAGCCACCACUCACCAGGAGGAAUUUUUCAUUAACGCACUUUCGGAGGAAAUAAUUUAUCGUAACGAAUUCCUGACCGCGCGGCAAAUACUUUUACUAUUGUACGCUCUGAGGGGAACUAACACCCCAUUUAUACAACUGGAGAAAAUUCUGUUGAAGCGAUUGGUGUGUUUGGAAAAGGAACUAACGGUUAGCCAAGCCAUGUUCGUCUAUCAGUACCUCUACUUCAGGACGUGCCUGUUUCACGAGUUAAGGAGGUAUGACCCAAAAGUGUAUAAACAGGACAGGCAAAAAAAAGAUGUGUUCCUCCUGUACGAUGGGGACAAUGAAAUGAGGGAAACUGACCAACGGGGAGACCAUCAACCUACCCUGCCAAGUGAAUGCAAAAGGGACAAAGACAAUCAGGUUAGUACAAAAGGGGAAGAAAAAGAAAUCACAAAUUUACAGGAAAAAAAAAUAUUAAAACGUUUCAUUAGUCUGAACAAAAGGGGAGGAGACUCCUUGGAGGAAGUAAAUCGGUCAACCGUGACACAUGACGAGAAUAACACACCCAGUGGAGAGACCCAGUACCAAAUCACGUGUUACAAUUUCUACCUGGAUGUAUACAAAAUCGUUUGCCUAAAAAUGGUAAACUCUCUAAAAAAUGAAAAACUAAGCACUCGUACUAGUAUGCACAUUUUAGAAAUAUUCAAAAAAUUAAACAUAAGGGACUAUAGAAUUAUCAGACAUUUGUAUAAAAUGGAGAAAGACAUUUUAUUUUUGGAUAACAUCAGCCUGGAAAAGAUUUUAAAAGUCCUUCUUAAAUUUAACCUCUAUAACAUUAUGCAUUAUUUGGGGGUGCAUAGAAUUCUACAAUUUAUGAACUUCAACUCGGUGGAUGAAUGCGUAUCCAUUUUGGGUCUCCUUGGCAUGCUCUCCACUCGGAGGAAGAUGGAGCAUUACCCUGGGGGGAGGGAGAAGGCAUUCUUCUACUUGCCCAACUCAUGCACUGAAAAUGCUGUCAAUUAUAUUUUAAAAAAUCUAAGAGAUUUGACAAGUACUCAUGAGUUAGAGAAGCUUCAGAUAACGCCCGUGUACAAUUCCCUACCCCUAAAAUAUUUCAAGCUGUUCAAAAAUGUGCGCUCUGUGAAAGGAUUGGCUCAACUUUGGUUUCAACAGAGUGGGGAGAAAAAAAAUCACCUUGUUUGGUCAGGUGAAAAUGAUCGAAAGAAGGCGAGCAACUUUGUGUUGCAUUGUGUGGAUGAUGUCAACCUGGGGGAAGUGUCGCUUGGGUUGCGCGGUUUGGGGUUGCGCGGUGUCGGGUCGCUCGACUACGGGUCACGCAGCUGCGGGGGUGUCAGUCAAAGGAGACAAACUCCAAGCGCCACUUCUCAGACGAACUGCCUCCACGAGUACAGAGAUGUCCAGGAGGAAAUACUUCAAGACCUGCACACAAUUUUUCCUCGGACGGUUGAAGUUUAUAAAAACGUGAACGUGUCGAAUUACACAUUUCCGCUGGCUAUUAAUUUGCUAACGCUGGGGGGUGCAGUGCCUAACGAGACUGGCGUUACUGGCGGGGUUAACACAACUGACUGGGCUGGCGUUACUGACUGGGCUGGCGUUACUGACUGGGCUGGCGUGGGGAGUGCCGACUUGGCCAAGACACACUCGCUUGGAAGUCAGUGCCAAAGCGAUGAACCCAGCCGGACACAAGAACUGGACAGAAAAAACACCCUCCUUGUGGAUAUCCUGUACGGUCACGACUUUUACUACUCCCUGAGUGGAACCAAAGAACAACAGCUGAAGAAGCAUAACAUUUACGUGUCCUACUAUGGCAUGCAUGCGAAGAAGGCAAAUAAAAAAAUAGUUAAUUAUAAAAAGUACAUCAUAUUGAAGUGCGUCAAAAAAAUUGGGUAUAAUUUCAUUUGCAUUGAUGCAAAGAGGUAUGUAAAAAACAAAAAAAAACAGAGACAAUCACCUGAACAAAAAAUACCUAACUAG